ACUGGUGACUAUUUGUAACAAUCAACCUAUUUAAAACAAACCGUGGUGCAAACUUUGGAUUCGUUUUUAUUUGUAGAUUUUGCACAAUCACUCACAUCUUCAACCAUGGCCGAUGAAUUUGAAUUCGGUGAUAAAAUCCCUCCUUCCUUUGAUCGCAUGAAAGCUGGAUCUCAAGGGUUCAACCCAGGCUUAGUAGUUCUCCUGGUUAUUGGUGGGCUGCUGUUGACAUUCCUCAUUGGAAAUUAUGCGCUUUAUGUUUAUGCACAGAAGGCCCUCCCUCCUAGAAAAAAGAAGCCAAUCUCAAAAAAGAAGAUGAAAAAAGAGAGACUGAAGCAAGGAGUCUCUGCACCUGGAGAGUAGGGGCAAUGUACUCAAAUGUUCUACGGAAUGUGGAUUACCUUGUACUUUUUAAACAUUCUAUGUUCUGUUUAAGUUAACUUUCAUGUUUUCGUCCUGUGUGUUAUUGUAUUGACAGAAAGUUUAGCUAUAUUAAUUAGUACUUUAGCAAUAAUAUUUCGUGGUUUAAAUCUUCA